ACAAAAAUAACUAGUGUACGAAAGGCGUCGUGUAUGAAGAGGUUGAGGCAGCGUGCACUUGUACUUCACCCCAGAGAGUUUUACCUGAAUUUACCUGAGGACCACUAACACUAGUGGUCUCGAGAGGUGUGUGUUGUAGCCGUAGUACUUGUAGUACACCCUAGUGAGCCAGUGACACAGGUGUGCACCUCUCCUCUCAUAAGCUUCAUCACUCCCGAUAAAGAUGGGAAGAAAGAUUCCAGCUAAGAAACACAGAGGAGUGAAGGAUCCCUACAAGCAACAGGAACAACGUCUUAACAAGAUAAAGGACAAGCUAAACUGCAAACCUUCAUCUAUUGAUGCUCAGGAAAUACCAAGAAAGCUGGAAAAUAUAGCCAAGUUUAUGAAUUCUGACAAUAAGGGAGAGAUUAUGGUAAAGAGAAAGAGAAAGAGAAGACAUAGCGAACUUCUUGAUGGAACCAAAUUUGUUGACCAAGAGAUGGACGAGCCAGGCAUGACCAGACCUCUCAAGAUGAUUCCCGCACUCAAACAGCAUCAAAAUGAAAGUGUAAAGAAGUUCAUGAAGAGGGUUGACAGGGCAACAAAGGUGAUAUUAAAAGAGGCAGCCUUUGAAGACAAGUACAAGGUGGAUGUAAUGCGUGAUGAACAAGGCAAUGUUACUCAGGUGAAACAAAGAGAGAAGAAUGAGCACUUGCUAUCGGAAAAACAACAACUACAAAAUGAAGAGCGAGAAAAGAGAAAAAAACAAGCACAAAAGGAUCGUGAUGCACGAAGAAGACAAAAAAACAAGAAAAAUGUUGACGAUGAUGAUGAAUUUUCUUAUUAUCAAGACAAAUUUGAAUUUGGGGAAGUUGUGUAUGAACCUCCAAGUCUGGACACAGCAAAGCUCACCAAGAAACUUGGUGGCAUAGUAAAGCCCAAAACGUUUCUGUUUAUGGAUAAGCUGAAGGAGGCAGGAAAUUCAGAAGAUCCUGCCUCUAGCAGACUAGCUAAGAAGCCAAUGAAGGAGACUCCAUCUGCAGCAAGAAAGAGGAUCCUGGAAGAUGAGAGACUUCGUGUAGUGGAAGCAUACCGCCAAAUGAAGGCCACAAAACACCACAAUGUUCCUGGGAUGAGUGUUUAGUAAAACUUGAAAACCCUGUGUUUAGAAUGAGUAUAGAAUAAAUAUAUUAAAUUUAUUUUAAAUAUA